GCGAUGUCGCGUUUUCGUAUACUGGCUAAGACCACCCCUGUGGUCCAGCAUCCAAGAAAGCCGCAAAGGAAAAACAGUUGGACGUCCAUGUUCUCGAAGCUCGUGUUUAAUUUGGCCGGAUACAACAAAUACGGAUUGUACAGCGACGACGUGAUAUAUCACGACAGCCCCGUGGUGAAAGAGGCGCUUCGUCGAUUGCCGAAAGAAGUGCUCGACGCGAGAAAUUUUAGGAGCAUACGGGCGGCGCAAUUGGACUUUUUGAAAAUGAAUCUGCCCAGGGAAAAAUGGAUCACGUACGAGCAGGAUAUGAGUUACCGGUAUCUGCAGCCGUACAUAAUGGAGAUCAUAAUGGAGAAGCAGGAGGUUAACGAAUUCGGUUGCACCAAUUAUGCCGAGUGGCAUUGGCCCAGCGAGGAAGUCAAAUAGCAUCGUUCCACCACCUUGUAGCGU